UCCUAGCGGAACCGGAAGCGGAAGCAGGCCGUAGCGGGGUGAGAGGAGAGGGGUCGGCAUGGCGCUGCGGCUGCUCUCGCUUUUGCUGCUGCUGCUGCUUGGCAUCGCCGCCGAGACCACAAACCAGGAUGGUGCCGGGACCGGGACCGCAGGCGUUGAGCAGGAAUCAGAGAACUCAAAGUCCACCAAGCCUUCAACAAGCGCUGGAGAAGAUGGCAAUGCACAUAAUGGAGAUAAUGGAGGGGCAACGGGUGAGAAGGGAGGUGCAGGUGAUACAGAUCAAAGCAAAGUUCUGAAAAAGGAGGAGGAGAACCGGCACAAAGAGACAGGGGAACAAGAUGAGAAAGGGAAACAAGGCACUCAGGGCCAAGACACCAGCCAGAGCAACAGCAACGAUAACAGUCCAUCUGGCAGUAACACUGCUAGCCAACCCAACACCCAGAACAGCAACAGCCAAACUGACACCCAUGAUGGUGCCCACGAGCAAAACACCCCCAACAACAACCGUCAGGACAGCAAGACAGACAGCCAAGGCAAUCCGACCAAGCAAAAUGGCAAUACUAGUGGCCAAAAUGGCCAGGAAAAUGGCAACACUGAUGGCCAAAAUGGACCAAAAGGUGGCAACACCAAUGGCCAAAAUGGCCAGAAGGAGCAUAGUGACAGCACCAACAGCCAGACUAAUGAACACCAGGACAACACCAACAACCAGAAUAAUCAACACCAGGACAGCAGCAACAGCCAGACCAAUGAACACCAGGACAACACCAACAACCAGAAUAAUCAACACCAGGACAGCACCAACAGCCAGACCAAUGAACACCAGGACAGCACCAACAGCCAGACCAAUGAACACCAGGACAACACCAACAACCAGAAUAAUCAACACCAGGACAGCACCAACAGCCAGACCAGUGAACACCAGGACAGCACCAACAACCAGAAUAAUCAACACCAGGACAGCACCAACAGCCAGAAUAAUGAACACCAGGACAGCACCAACAACCAGAAUAAUGAACACCAGGACAGCACCAACAACCAGGAUGACCAGCAAGGUAGCAGCAACCAGCAACAUGACAAUGCCAACACACAGGACAGCAGCCAGGGCGCCCAGGCAGGCUCACUGGGAAAUAACAGCCCGUCCUCGCCAUCAGUUUCAUCUGUUCAUGUCACCGAAGGCUCUCCAGAUGGUGACGAACUCCCUGAGGAAGAGGAUGGGGUUGGAAAUGGGAACGGUGCUGCCUUAUUUAAUAAGGAGAGAGAGAAGAGUGUUCCCAUUGCUCCGGGGCAGAAGUCAGAGAACAGCCACUUCUUCGCCUAUCUGGUGACCACGGCGAUUAUUGUUGCUGCUCUCUACGUUGCCUAUCACAACAAACGGAAGAUCAUCGCUUUUGCCCUGGAAGGGAAGCGAUCCAAGGGCGGCCGGCGGCCCAAAUCCGGCGAUUAUCAGCGGCUGGAUCAGAAGAUCUAGAUUCCUCCUCAGGUGUUCAGUGGAAGAAAGGUGCUUGGCAGCGAUGAGACUGGAAUGGCGGGGCCGCGCCGGCUGGCUGCCUGCUGUAGCACUGAAUCGUAGCUUUGCUGUUGUCUUCAGACCUCGGAGAGCAGGAGGAAGGGGAAAUGCUUUUACUUUUGCACCUGCACCUUGGUAAUGUUUGAUUCUCACUUCCUAAAAAUGUGUUUCUCCUUUCUCAACUGCCUGAACCGGUUUCCGCUUGGGUGCCUGGCUUCUAGACAUGGCCCAAGAGAAGCCAGCUCUGGCACUUGACAGAACGUUGGUGUCCAAAUGAAAUGGGCCUUUCCAUCUGCUGUACCCACGUCUCCUCUUGAAAAAAAAAUCCGCCUGCAAAAUGAGCCACGUGAUUCCUUUCAGUCACGGAGCUGCUGUGAGCAGCGCUGUCCUGCUGGAGGCACGGACGUUCUUCCUCUGUCCAUUGUAUUUGGAUGCUAAAGUUGAAGCGUGAUUGCACUAGCUUGGAAAUGAUCUGCCAAGGACUCUGUUUGGCUUUGUUUCUUUUCUUCCUCUCCAUGAUGAAGGCAAUGUUCGCUUCACGUCCCACUCCUCACUCAGUGCACUUAACGGAGCUGCCUUCGACCCUCGGUUCUGUCUUAGACUCCCUCACUUGCUCUGUGGCAGUUGUGCUCCGUGUGGCUCUGUUCCCUCGUGGUCCUCGCAGCUGAGAUGCUUGCACUAAUGAGGACAAUUAGUUUGAUGCUGCGAAAGCGAGCCUCUCAGGCUUAUGAGGUUCUGUGCCAAACAGCUGCAGCGAUGGAGCGAAUUUCACCUCCAAGGAUGACUGCGUUCCCCGUUGUUGGAAUGUCAUCAUGAUGAUGCAGAGUGGUUGACAGUCCUGAAGCAUUUGGGAUGAAUGAAACUCGCAGUCAUUCAAACCUCUUCCUGUCCUUCAGUGCUGAGCUCUGCAGCAGGAGAGGCGCAGCUCCUGCUGUGAGCAGGUUUGUCCUGCAGCCCCCAAACCCCUCUCUCCUCUCCUGCUGCUCUGUGCUCCCCUGCUUUGGGAGGUUUCAUGUGGUUGAUGUUCACCUCACCAGCAGCUUAUUGCUGUUUUCUCAGCUUUGCUGUGGGACACUGAAAUGAGGGCCGGGGAUGGACUAGCACUGGUUGUACUGAAGGCUGCAAAACAUGUUGAUUCCUGAGCUGUUUUGCUGGUCUUAUUUUUGUAGUUUUGCUCCAAAGAUGUUUUACUUGAGACAGGGCGCUUCUGAAGGAUGUGUGUAAAGUGCCUGCCUGGCUUCUUUCUUUCUUUGUUUUUCCUAAUGGGCAGAAAGUGACGGCUGUGGUUCAUGGAGGGCUCUUCACACGGGUGCUCAUCCCCCCCAGAGCUGCACAGAGGAGUCCUGUCCCCACUGUGAGGCCGGGGGGGGGCUGCCUGUCCCCAGCCCUGCACCAAGGGUGAGCCGCCCACAGCUGCGGGGUGACGAGGGCAGGAAGUUCCCUUGUCUGGCCGUGAAGGCUACAGCUGUGUUCUGAUUUCCCAGCACAAAGGGAGAGAGGGACAGAGCCCCUCUUGCCUCGCACCUCUGGGAACGACUCCUAGGGCUUCUUUUCCCUUCUUAACGCUGUUAGGAUUUGUGCCACGUGUUUCAAACCGCUCAAGGAGCGCGAAGCCUUUUCCCUUUGGCCGUGGCACUGAAUGGUGGUGUCUGUGGGUACGUGUUUCCUCCAGGUGGGGCUGCUCCUGGGCCCGCUGCCUUGCUGGUGCGAAGCAGCGCAGUUUGUUUCCUGCUGCAGUGCAACGCGACUUGCUUUGAAGGACCAGAAUUUUUAUAUUGCUUUGUACUUUUCUUUUUUUUUUUUUUCCCCUGUGUGGUAAAGUCAAUAAAUGGUUUAAAAAAAUA